GAUGCGUGCUCGCGCUAUCAGAUAGCGUGCGCGUCCCCGCCCGUGUUCAUCACAGUAGAAGAUGGCGAGUCCGUGCUCGAGCGAAAGGUUUGUUAUUGUCCGGGACGCGGAGAGCUGGAGGUCCGAGCUCCUUCACAGUGUGGGUCUUGACAGUAUCUUGGGAGUGUUUGGUAAAACACAAGUUCUGGAGGAUCUCAGGCUUUUGAAAGAUUGUAAGCCUGCAAGUGUGUCAAAUUGGUCAUUUGAUGAAAAUUGUCUUUUCUGCUGCUUAAGACGAGAAAAAGUGAAGGAACAUGUAGUUGCACUGAACAAGCAAAUUGUGGAAAGUGGUGGAAAACCUUUACUAGGUAAAGAUCCCUCUAAUAUAAGCAGACUUGAGUGGCAAUCAGAGGAAUUCCUGGAUGCAGUGUUACACAGUAAAGAAUACUCGCCAAGAAUUCCAGAUCCUCACAUCCCUGUGGUGGCUUGUGGUAUCGUGCAGCAGAUGAUUAAUGAGUUAGCUUCAUAUUAUACCUCCGCAAGUGACUGUUUUCAGGACUUCCUUCAGAACAAUGAAAAAAAGCACCAAAGCCUUUUGAAACCUAGCUGUCACACUUCAUCCACUGCUGUCAAAAUAGACUCUUGUCAGAAAAAGUUAAUCAUGGACCAAGAUGCCCCGCUGGACCUCUCUCUGAGAAAGGUCAAAGUGGAGGAUUUUGAGCAAGAUGGAGUUCUUGAUCUUUCUACUAAGAAGAAUUUGAACAAAACUCAUACAUCUUCAAGGAGUUCUGAUGUCAGCCCAGCUACACAUUUGGUCAAAAGGGAAUCUGUCGACUUGAGUCUUGCCCAAGUAAGAGAUCUACAGGUGGUGUCCACUUUGGAACAGUUCAUGUCAAAGCUAUGUUUGCAUCACCAGCGCCAAAUAUUCGAAGCAUUAGGCUUCUUACAAAGCGAAGUCAAGGCUGUGGCUAUUUCCGACCAAUUCCAAGUACCCACUCCAGAUUUGUCUGACAAGCAGGCGACAACCAGCUACAGUCGUGCAUCAUUUGAAACCAGGUCUGAGAGAACAUGCGCUGUGGAUGCUGCUGCGAGCAUUAGUAAGACUCAAGGGUCAUCUGUCAGGAAAAGUCCAAAGCCCAUUGCCGAGGUUUUAAAGGCUGUUGUUUCCAGUACUGCCCGUGUACGAACUGAAAAACAAGAAGACCUUAGCAAGUUGGAAGUUUUGUCAUCUUCAUCUUGUGAAAAAGGUUUUGAGUGUGGAAAUGUAAGUCCUAAAGUUCUCGUCACGACAAAGACAACUACUGAUAAUCUGGGAGCAAAAAAAGAGUUGGGGUCAAGCAGUCAACAAAUUCCCAGUAUCAAUUCUGUAAAGAAGUGUCUAUGCAGUGCUGAACGAUGCUUGCCAACUUGUACUGCAGAGAAUGAGCAUGCAGGCCCGUUAGCACAGACUUGCUCUUUUGCACAAAAUGAAGUUGCUGUUGUAAAGCCCUCCACAUUUCAAAAGACAUUGAAUGUUGUUUUACCAAUAUCCCCAAGAACAGCCAGGAAAAGCAGAAAAGGUUCUUGUCUUAGGCAAAGGAAUGGCUCUUUAAGUUGUAUCAUAAAUGAUGCUGAAAUGAGCCAUUGUGACCUAGUUUAUAUUAGAAAAUCAAUAACAGAAUGUCAGCCUCAAUCUCGUCAUAGGCUGCAUCCACGACAAAAUGCCCGGAAGAGCACAAGAGGACACAGAUAUGUGGAGGAGUACUUGGAACUAAAAACAGUCCGUACAUUAGCUAGUAAAUUGAUAGACGAUUCUAGUGGGAAUUGUCCAGCUCGUAUGCCAGACAUGCACACCUCAGUGACUCCAAAGCAGGUCCUUUCUAAGUCAGGCAGUGUUCCUCUUGUAAACGCACCUUUUGCAGGCGACUGCAUGAAAAAUGUUAUUCCAAAGUUAUCAUCGGAGCAGAUAGUGGAGAAUGAAAUGCCUGGAGAUGUCAUGAAAGUAACCAGUCUGGGUCUGAUGGUUGAAACCAGUCUAACGGGUCAAAUUGAAAGCAAUGGCCAUAUUAUCAGUGAACCGUCAGGUAAACAGAGUGAAUUAACCAUGCAACUAGAUACUCUGAAUGCAGUAGUGCAAGGAAAAUGCAUGGACAUGGUAGAAGAAACUACUGAAACAACAGAACUCACUGUACAGAAAGACGGAUGUGACUCCCAAAUUGGGCCCAUGCCAGAAGUAGUAAUAUGUGGUACAGAAAGAAAGCCGGAGCAUGAGAAUACAUUUUUGGAGCCAUCACUGAUCCAUGUGUCCCCUAACAUGGCCAAAGAGUGCUCUGCUGAUGAAGUCCACAUGGAGCCGAUAGGUGAGAGAGAAAUAAAAAAAAACACAGAAGCCGAGACUGCAGCAGAUUUCCAGGAACAAUCAGAGGCAUCAGAAAUAAAGGCAAACACUGAGGAGGAUAGAGGUGCUCGGGAACAAGUUUUGCACGACAUUGAAAGUAAUUUCCAAACAGUGAACUCUUCCGAACUACCAGUGAAGAAUCAAGGGGAUUCAGUGGUGUCCAACCUGACUGAAGUCUCUACUGUACAAAUGCCUGUCAAAUGUAAAAAGGAUGUGGAUCAGCAUACUUCAAAAGGUUUGCAUGCAAACCAUUCAGUGUCCUCAGACAGAUGCUUGCGUAGUAGAAGUUCAAAAGGCAGUGUUGAUGUAAUAAAAGAAUCCAUGAAGUGUGGUGCGUCUGAACUUGAUCAUGCCAAUGAUAAAAGCCCAAAGACUCAUUCUACUGAAACAAAUGUACAUACUGAGCAGGAGCCUGAUUUGAAAGUUGUUGACAUACUUGAAUCAACACAGGAGCUCCCGUCUGCUAAACCUUGUAACGGUCUGGUUGUGGAUCAUGCAGUCAAAAUGAGACCGAAAUCAAGAACUGCAAUAGCUGUUGGUAGAGAGGAGCAUUCGAGUCCAGACGUUAAAGUAAAUAAUGAUUUGCCAAAUGUUUUGUCACAUGAUGUUCUUCCAGAGACUGUAAGCACCACCUCCUCCACUUCAGAGAGUGGAAAACACCACAAACAGAACAAUCAAGCCUCUGAAAGCACUGAUAAAAUGCCACUUAGAAAUAAAAGUAGUCCUGUUGAGAUGUCUGAUAGCGGACCCUGUUCAGCCAUUAAAAAGUCGCUACCAAGUUCUGAAAAUAUGCUUUUGAGAAGCAAAAGUAACACUGAAGCACCAAGUUUAAAGUUGAUCACUCCGACAGAAGGCCGUUCAGAGAAGCAAGGACAGAUACCUUUUAGAAGGAGCAGCUCUAUUAGUGAGCAAGCAGCUAACAGAGAUUUGUGUACAUCUUCCGAGGCAGUGACGCAUAUGCCUCUUCGAAGUAGAACUAUUAGCUCAAUUAAACCGACUGUUAUCAAAGAUUCUCUUGUUAAAAGUUGCAUUAAAAGUUUCAGUAAACAACCUGUCAGUUCACACUCCAGUACUACCUGUAGAAAAACCGAGGCCAGUGGACACAUGCCCUUAAGAAGCAGUGCCAGUUUAACUGCAGAACAGUCCCGCAACAACAAAUCUGUUAUCUUAGAUGCAUCAGAGAGCCCUGGACGCAUGUCCUUGAGAAGAGGGAAUGCAUCUAAUACUGAACAGGCAUGUGGCUCAACAACAGCCCAUAAUAGAAAUAAACAUCCUCUGAGACAACUAAAGGUUUCAGCAUCUUCAAGUGGAGAAGCUGAAGAGAGCCCCUUUAGUUCAAACGUUAAAAUCCAAAAUCAGAAGCAUAUGGAGUCCCAAAUAAGAGGCUCAUCAACUUUGCCAGAUGAAUCCUUCCACCUAGCUAGUCUUCAGACGACUGAACCUAUUGUUUGCAGUCCCCCUAAAUUUUUGGAUGCACUAAGGCGGGAAAAACACCAGCAGUUGAUUUCAAACUUAAAUUCAAAGUUUGAUAAAAUGCACAAAAGUUGGGUUCCAAUGGACAAGGAGGGCCAGCCUGCACUAAAACCCAAAAACAAGGCAGACCGGCUUAAAGAAAUAUGGAAAAGCAAACGCAGAGUACGAAAGUCACGGCCAUUGGAACAACAAAAGUUAUCCCCUGUGCAAAUGCUAUUCAUGAAGCCCUUUGAUUUGCCCAGUAUCUGCAGGUGGUUCCUGCAGUCAACUGAAACAAAAUCACUUGUAAUUGUUAAAAAGGUCAACACCAGACUUCCUUCUGAAACACAGUUGUGCUUUCACUCUUCGGCAGCAGGAGCGGGUUCCUCUCAUGGGAUAUUUCCAAGCCUCCAGGCCGAACGGUUGAAGAAGCACCUGAAAAAGUUUGCUAUUGCAUCACCGGUGAAGAACACCCCCAAGAAUCAAAGGCUACUUGCUAAAGCUUUAGGUCAGGGUAUUUCUGUGAUGAGGAGUAAAGUCAAGCACGAACCGACGACUGCCACACGAAUCUGUACAAAGGCACAGAGUCUUGCUGGAGUGACACCGGCACAGACUCCCGAGAGCCUGGCCUCGACCGCAGGCAGUGCGAAAAACCCAGCCAGUGCUAGAAUUCUUCGGAAAUAUUCCAACAUGCGUGAGAAGCUUCAGGUUCAGCAAAACAAGAAAUGCAAAGAGAAAACUUUCAAAGGUGCUCAUCUCAAGUCGGCAAUAAUUCCAAAGAAAGACAACAAACAAAAACUGCCGACAUGUAAAGGGUCGAAGUCUGUGGUUCAGAGGAUCUCAUCUCUGACCAAGACUGCAAAAACAAACUCUGCCCUCAAACAAAGGGGUUUAAAAAGGAACCAGUGUCAUAAAGACCGUGCCUCUCCAAAGAGGUUGAAGGCACUCAAAAGAAUGACAAAAGUUAUCGGUGAGAACGCCUCGGCAAACAUCUUUAGUAAAAAACAGAGACCGAUCAAAGCUGGAACUGACAAGGCACAGCAAAUAAAAGCAAGUGGGACCAGUAAAGUUGACACAAAAAGACUGGUGUUUCAAAAAGGCCCUAAUAAUUUAGAAUCACAAUCUUUAGAUGUUGACAUUAAACCUCUGAUGUUGGAAGACCAAGUGUUAACUAGGUCACAAAGAAAGAUGGAAGGCAUCCCUUCACAGAAUGCCUCUCCCAAAUCCUCCACGAAGCGAGGCUUGGAACCACUGGUCACACCCACAAAACGUACUAGGACUUCAAAACCAUGAACAAUGUGUAUAGGUACUAGAACCUCAUGUAGAUAUGUUUCAUAAGAACAAGGGGUGCUGAUGCUUUUAAAAACAAUAACAUAUUUUUUUAAGCUUGGCAGUACAUUUUUGGAGCUUUGAAUUUAUUGUCAUCUGAGAGAGAUUUGUCAUUGUUAGGUAGUUCAGGUAAAGACAUUUUCCAGAGUUAUUUCUUUUCAGUGUCAAACAUUUUCCAGUUAUGCUUAAAGAAAUCUAUUUGUUUAUGAAAAAAAGACUUACUUUCUUGUUAUUGUUGAUGGAGCCAAUAAUGUAAAAAUCAAUAAAGGUUCUGAUUCCCAUUGGGAAUUUUAAAUAUGAGUUAUAAACGGGUGUCAGACUUAAUUCCUGGAGUGCCGGAGUCCUGCCAGAGUUUAGUUCCAACCCUUGCACACAUACUAUAUAGUUUUCAAAUAAGCCCGAAUGACUUGAUUAGUUGAAUCAGGUGCAUUUGAUUAGGGUUGAAUCCAAACUCUGCAGGGCUCUGGCACUCCAGGAAUUGAGUUUGAUUCCCCUGGGUUAUAAAUAACCCAAUAUCUCACUUGUUUGAUUGACUGUUAUGUUGAAUAGCUUAUUAUUACAACAGCUUGUACUAUUGAGAUACCAGAUAUUAUUUAAGGAAUGAUCCUAAACAGUUAAUAAUUUUAGCUAAUCAAAAGUGGCUUUGUAACCUGAAUAAUGUGCCUUUUUCUUAUCUGUAUUUAUAAGUGAUUGAGGUUGCCUCAAGAAAUAAAGCCUCAUUCUUUUUGCA